UUUAUUAAAAAUUGCGUAAAGAAUCGUGUUGCUUUUAUUCUCGGUAGAUCGAAGUGGAGCUGAAAGCCAGCAAGCAGUUGAAGGUAUCGUGCACAAUGUUUAGCGGAAUUGACCAGACGAACAGCGUGGAUAUUGUGGGCAAAGACGGCAUGGUAUGCUACGGACGUGUGGUCGAGGUUACGGACAAUGGGUUCUUCGUCGACUUCCUAUCUUCCGAGCGCCGCCGAUUCUUCCCGUUUGGCAGCAACGUCUUCCUUCCAUCCUGGACCGUAGGUCCUUUGUGUGCAAUAAUAGCCGACGAGUACGCCAGACCGGACCUAGCUAUUCCCGUGGAAGUGCUGAUGCGUGAAACACCCUCCGGUCCGUGGAAGUGGUUUUCGGCUGAGAUGGUUAAUCUGGCGCGCGGGGUACCUCACGAAUCAUACAAUGUGGCUGUUGUGCGCUGGGGCACGACGACGUUGCUCACCGAUAUGGUCCUCGGCGACCGGAUUCGCCAGAGAGCACGGAGUCCGACAGACGCCUUGGUCCAACGCAUCCAAAAAGGUACAUUUGUUAACGGUAGUACUCCGUUGCCGAAGACAUACUGUUCCAUGUCGGUUGAGGAAGUGCGCAAGCAAAUGCCUGAUUGGUUCGAUUAUGUUGAAUUAUGGAGAUGGUCGGUUGCCCUCGUGAACAUUGCGGAUGAUCGUUUGUUUUUUAUUGAGCGUCCUCCGGAGAAACGUCCACUCAGCGGAGCUGGUAUUGAUGGACUGCCGGAGAAUCUGCCAACUCUUCACGACAGUUUAAUGAAAUGCUUCGCACGUGUUAUCUGCCAGCCACAUUCAGCGAACGCCGAGCUGGAAAGUCAGGAAUCACAGGGUGCUUUGACAGCGUUAUCCGAAGAGGUGUGGCUGGAGGUAUUUUCCCAGUUGGAUACGUUGACGCAGAAUUCACUGCGGGGGGUCUGCGUGACGUUUUCCUACUUACCUGACUCACCUACCUUGACUGUAGAAAUCUUUAUCACAACCGCCGAAUGUCAGAAGAUGGAAAAACUGGACCGACGCGAGUAUUUUGUGGUGGCACCCAUUUAUAAAUGUCUGAACUCUUCGACAAAGCGCAUCGUCGUGGCUGACCGAAAGGCGCUGCUGAGUGAAAGUGAUCUGUGGAAAAUGUUAGACAUGAUCCACUACGUGACGGAGCAGAAAUCUUCACUGCGACGACUGACACUAUAUUUACAAGGUCUUCGCUGCAGCUUCCAACUCGGUUUGACCUACGAUCCGGAGAUGGAGCAUGACAGCUGCAUGCAGCAUAUGCCCAAACCAGUGCGACAGUUUAACGGCUACACCGAUGAACUCGAUGUCCUUCGUCUCGUUGAUUUCAUCCCAGCAUGUCAAAAGCUUCCGUGCGAUGCGAUCCGCUUGCUUCACUGCACUAUGCACGUCAACCAUACCAACGGGUGGCCGGAUGCCAACGGGAGGCACUCGCGAAUUACCAGCAGUCUGACUAUGACUCGAUCAGCGCAGCUGAAUAACCUCGGAUGCGCGAUGUGGGAGGCGUUGGAGAUGGGUAUGCCUGAGCCCACGCUGGAGCAGCGAGAAAAGCUGGCGCAGUGGCUGGCAGGUUUGGGCGCUGCGGCUGGGGGCCAUCUCAUUAUUUCGGUUGCAUGCAAGACGUUGUGUGCGAUGCAGACAGCGGAUCCGCGAAAGACGCUGCACUAUCGUGGGAAACGGUGGUGCACUACGGCCUGCAGAAUUUACAGCUAGAGAAGUUGUCCCGCGUUGCAGUACAUGCCCUGAUCCGGCUGGCGGAAAUCGUUUCCGGAUGACGGGGAAUCGGAGCAGAAGACUUUUGCACAAAGUGCCGAUGGGAUUCUGUAUUCCGUUGACCUACAUUGUUCAGCUUUGGUAACAUCGCGCCGAGUAUUCUUGGCUGAACUGCCUGAAUAGGCAGUACGCUUUAUUUUAGCCAGCAUCAGU